CCGAGGGACAGAGAAGAGGGGGCGGUGGUGGAGGCGGCUGCGGUGCCCGGGCUCGGCUGCGCCUUCGCCUGCCUAAUCCCAUUUGCCAUUGUGCGCGCCCAAUCGCCGUAUACUCCCCGCAUUUAACUUGGAUGACAUUUUGAUUUCAUCAUUAGCAUCCGGCGCCGGAUUGACGCAGCCCCAAGCCGAGCACUGCUCUUGCCGCCUCCUCCCUUGGAGCUGCAGCCGCCGCCAGGCCGCCCCGCUCCCUCGGUGCCGCGGCAGGGCAGCUCCCCGCCCCUCAGCACCCCUCCCCCAUGCGAGCCCGCCCCGGCCGGGUCCUCACCCCGCCCUCGCGCCGCUGGAUUUGCGCCCCGGGCGGCCGCCGACUUUGCGCCCCGUAGUUGAGUUCCGUUUAUGGUCUGAUUUCCGGCCGCCCGCCUACUCGCCGGGCCGCCCGCCUGUGCCUCUCCCUCCCUCCCGGGGACCUGGAGGACGGGACGAUGCCGGAGCCCGGGCCGGACGCCCCAGGCACAGCUAGCGCACAGCCCCCGCCGCCGCCUCCUCCACCCGCGCCCAAAGAGUCCCCGUUCUCCAUCAAGAACCUGCUCAACGGAGACCAUCACCGGCCGCCCCCGAAGCCGCAGCCGCCCCCACGGACGCUCUUCGCGCCGGCCUCCGCGGCAGCCGCCGCCGCCGCCGCCGCUGCGGCCGCUGCGGCCAAGGGGGCCCUGGAGGGCGCCGCGGGCUUCGCGCUCUCGCAGGUGGGCGACCUGGCUUUCCCUCGCUUUGAGAUCCCAGCGCAGAGGUUUGCCCUGCCCGCACACUACCUGGAGCGCUCCCCAGCCUGGUGGUACCCCUAUACCCUGACCUCCGCCGGCGGCCACCUCCCGCGACCUGAAGCCUCGGAGAAGGCCCUCCUGCGAGACUCCUCCCCGGCCUCGGGCACCGACCGGGACUCCCCGGAGCCGCUGCUCAAGCCCGACCCCGACCACAAGGAACUGGAUUCCAAGAGUCCGGACGAGAUCAUCCUGGAGGAGAGCGACUCGGAGGAAGGCAAGAAGGAGGCCGAGGCGGCGCCAGGCGCGGCCGGGGCGAGCGCAGGGGCGGCGGCGGCGGCGACGCCGGGCGCGGAGGACUGGAAGAAGGGCGCCGAGAGCCCCGAGAAGAAGCCCGCGUGCCGCAAGAAGAAGACGCGCACCGUCUUCUCUCGCAGCCAGGUCUUCCAGCUCGAGUCCACCUUCGACAUGAAGCGCUACCUGAGCAGCUCGGAGCGCGCCGGCCUGGCCGCUUCGCUGCACCUCACGGAGACGCAGGUCAAGAUCUGGUUCCAGAACCGCCGCAACAAGUGGAAGCGGCAGCUGGCGGCCGAGCUGGAGGCGGCCAACCUGAGCCACGCCGCGGCGCAGCGCAUCGUGCGGGUGCCCAUCCUCUACCACGAGAACUCAGCGGCCGAGGGCGCGGCGGCCGCCGCCGCGGGGGCGCCGGUGCCCGUCAGCCAGCCGCUGCUCACCUUCCCGCACCCGGUCUACUACUCGCACCCGGUGGUCUCGUCCGUGCCGCUGCUUCGGCCCGUCUGAGGCCCGAGAGGGGAGAGGGAGGGAGUGCCCGGCCCCCUUCCCAGACCCCGGAGGAGACUGGGCCGGGCCGAGGGCACCAGGUGUCCAGCGGCCUUUGGGAACCGGGGCUCUGGCGCGCAGUUCCGGCCUCCCCUCCCCCAAUCGGUAAAGUUUUGUAAGUAUUUGCAAUGCAUUUUCGUGCAAUUCAUCCCUAAUGGAUUUGAGGCGCUUCCCCUUUACUUUUGGUUUUAGUUUAUAUUAAGGGAGAGCAGGAAAAAGACAAAAUUCCCGGGUCAAAUAUUUCGACUGACAGCUUUUGGGAAAUGUGCAACCCUUCCCUCUCGUAUGCAUUGAGCUGUGGGCUUUUUGGUUUUAUUUUUAUUGAGCGAAAAUAGGUGCAAAAACCAGAACCCUCUAGUUUAUUCAUUUUCCAUGGAACUAUUUUCAAAAGUCCAGAGAGAGACAGAGAAUUCAUAUUGUAGAACUUUACUUCUGGCCUUUGGGUGUGGUUUGUCCUCUCCACCCCCAAUCAGUUAUCCUCCCCAAUAUUCAAAAUCUGAGCAGUCUCUAAGAGCCCAGCUCAGGCCGCUUUUCAAUCUGGCAGAGGUCUGUGGCAACUGACCUCUUCAUCAGUCCCAAUUUGUGAUGGAAGAAUUCUCUAAGUGCUUAAAGGGAAAAGACAAGACAGCCAAAACUCAGACUGCUGAUUAUUUAAACAGCACCACAUCUGGCCCGGUGUGAACGGUCUUAUUUAUUAGUAGCAUUUAUUUGGGGAAUUCCAUUUGUUGGUAAAUUAUUAUUAAUAUUACUGUUAUACUUUGUUCCCUCUUUUGAGAGAGUGAUUUCAAUAUUAAAAAACGAAAACCUCUAUCUUUUAUCCUCUCCCCCUACCUUUUUGUUCUGCAGUAAUGGUUGUACUUCUGACCUGUGCAAUAUUGUACAAAAUUUCUCGAGAGCCCUGCUUCUUCCUCCGCGCAGAGGAACACACGUUUUCACUGUGUAAUUCGGCCACUCGUUUAGAAGGGGGGAAAUUCAGAAGGGGAAACGGGGGAAGGAAGCAAACAAGGUUAGAUAGCAGUGCUUAGAGGAGGAAGAUAGACAUACUGGAGCGCUUUAAGUGAAGGACAAUCAGUUUAGGAGAAUUUUAACUUAUUUGAUAAAUGUACAGAUUUCUUGUAAAGAUCACCCUCAACUCCCAGGGCUCCUUGCUUUGCCACCCGGCCUGUUUUCUUUCUGUGGGCUACACCUGUUGUUCUGUGAUAGUUUGUCCCCCCUCCUCUCCUACCCUAUCUUCCUCACCUCUGCCCGGGUUCAGUCCCUUUUUAAGAAAAAGAGAAAAAAAACCACAAAAUAUUGUUAAACUAAAUGUUGUCGUGAAAUUGAAUUAAUUAAAAAGAAAGAGCGAAGCAUUUCGUGUCGCUACAGUGUGUAACUUUGGAUGAUUUUCCCAGAGCAGGUGUCUUCGAAACUCUUGUCUGUCUUGUCCUCUGUCUGCCUCUGCGCUUGCCGAGUCCAACCUGGACGCACAUCCUUAUAAUCCAGUAAGCGGCGAAGACAGAGAUGGCUUUGUUCGCGACCAGAGCCGCUCUAUCCACAGUACCUUAGGCCGCUAGAAAGGCCCUGCGAGCAGGGAAUAAUGUGGGGCGGAAGGGCGAGAACCUAGGCUUAUCUAGUUUGCAAAACUGAGCGCAGCUGCAGCCGCGAGCUCAGAGAGGCGGGUGUUUCCGAACGCAGGGCUGCAGCCUGGCAUUUGGGGCAUUUGGUUCCCAGAUCACAGGUACUGCAGGAGCCGCGCGCUUCUGGGCAGGACAUGCCUGGGAACUCAUCCGCGGGCGGGCAGCACGGUGGGCUCCGGUUGCUUCCGGGGUUGGGGAGGAAAGAAAGGAGAGGACUUACAGUUGAGCUGCGGCCAGAGACCAAUCGCGAAGUCCAGCUGGGAGAGGCCAGAGGCCAGGACGAAAAGGGCAGCCUCAGGGAAGCCAGCCAGUCCAAGGGACGGCGGCUCCCAGCUCCGGGACAGUGAGGCCUCCGCGGGUCUGGAGGAACUGUGGUUCCUGAGGCAGCUCGUGUGUGGGCGGGGUCCUGGUAUGUCAAGUGCCGGGAACACAGACCACCGACUGCCGCAGAAGCUACGGAAAGGAUCUGUCUCCUCCUGGCCGCGUUCUUUUUUGUCCAUCAGCGCCCAAUACUUCCAGGGUGGCCUCUGUGGGUCCCCCGUCCCUGUCCCGGCUCACACGGAAGUACAACGCUAACUGUUCCCACGCGCCUGCAGGGCGCCUGGCCUUUGCUCUCUCGGUGGGCGGCCUGCCGAGGCGCAGCGCGCCCCGAGAGGCUUGGAAGCUCGGGUCCACUCGGUGGAAGGCAGGUGCUUGGACGCCCCUUGCUAACCUGACACUGCUGCCUGCCUUGGAACGUGGGGUCUGUACACCCAACACCUGGCAGGGCACGCCUGAAGCCUAGGAGCCGGAAGCGGGAGACGAGGAUUCCUAAGAUCGCCCCACUGGGUGCAUCUGUUAGCAGCGACUGCUCACGCCCCCAUUCUCUUUUCCAGUACUUUACUGGGUUCUUCACACCCAAGCAACACAAUUGAUUCUACUAUGGCUGAAGCGUCCAGGACCGUUUUCUAUUCAUGGGAAACUGUCCCCAAAUCAGCAGGCAUGUAUAUUUAUGGCAAACUUUCAAUGUGGAUCUCAGUGA